AAAUGAAGUCAUUCAAUGGCAGCCAUUUUGGAAGCCGACCCGCUUUCCGCAACGCUAGCGGCCGUGGUCGCCCGCCCGUCCGUGUCCUUGCUAGCGACGUGCCCUUUAGAAUUUGAGGGACGUGUCGCGUUACGUGACAUCGUCCCUGACAGAUAUUUGGUCGUUUACCUGGCAAAUAUUUGUCCCUCCGUCGGAGGGCGUCGACGCUAUGGCGGGCCUUUAAGUAGGACCACUGCAAGCAAGGCGCCCGGCAGAACGCUAGCACAUCUGAAGAUGGCGUACCAGUGGGUGAUUGGUGUGUUGCUGCUAUGCGGCCCGGUCGCACUGUGGGCUCAACAAGUCACGACAGGUGGCCAGCAGGUGGCGUUCGCAGUGGCGCUGAAGGCCGACAACGAUCAACAGGAAAACUACGGCCCCUUCGACUCGCCCACCACGCUAGUGUUCAAACGAGUGGUGACCAACCUGGGGGGCGGCUACGACGCCAACACGGGCAUCUUCACGGCCCCCGUCAAGGGUCUCUACUUCGUCACCCUCACCGGCGCCUCCUCGUCGGACGGCGGUUUCAAUGCCGCCGUGAUGAAGGAAGGCGUCAACAUGUUCGCCAUCUACGACAACAAGAACAAAUUCAGCAGCGCCACCAACAGCAUGGCACUGGAACUGAACGCCGGGGAUAAGCUGUCGGUCACCCUGUGGGCCAACCAGGUCGCGUACGACCAGAGCCGACUCACCACCUUCAGCGGCUUCCUCAUCAGCCCCCUCCCCUAGUCUCCGAACUUCGAGCCGAGAAAUAAAAACCUUCAAAUUUGA